AUAAUAAAAAUGUGCAAUAUGUAAUUACUGCGUUUAUGUGCGUGUGUAUGAAGGUUGUGAAGCGGAAAUGUAGUUUGAUGAAAAUGACGCCCGGUGCUUGUUGUAUGAUGCUAUGAUUGAUAUACUAAUUUUAAUAUUGAAAUCUCACGUACAAACAUGUUGUAGUAGAUAUUAAAUUAAUUAAUAAAUUGCAAAAUUUAGUAUGAAUUGGUUUAUUAAACAGUCGCGAUGUCGCACGUGAGAAUAGCAUUACGUGCAAGAUAAAACACGUACGCUCAAGUUCCGGCGGAAGUAAUAUGUAAAAAUUAUUUUAUAAAACAUUUUUUUUCGAAUUGCGAUCGCCAACUCGGUCUCCGAAAUGUCAAUAAACACAUACAUAUGUACAAAAAGAAGUUAAUAAUCAAUAAACAAAGCAUUUAAAUCUUCGUAAAAGAAAAACAAAACAAGAAAAAAUAAUAACAGAAGAAUUAGACUCCGCCAGUGUGUGUGGUGAAAAUUAAAAGAAAAAAAGAACAACUUUUGAAUAGAAACCCAAACAAAUUAAGACACGAAAACACUGUGCUUUGUGGAGAAAAUGUUAAAAUCAAGUAAAUUCAGUCUUGGCCUGUUGGCCUUAACUGUCAUCUGUGCGACAAAUUGCCCAAAUGUACAGGCCGCCUCACCACGUUGGGAGCCCCAAAUUGCGGUGCUCUGCGAAGCUGGUCAAGUUUUUCAACCGCAAUAUCUGUCCGAAGAGGGACGCUGGGUAACGGACUUGAAUAAGAAGACAUCGGGCGCCACCUGCUUGCGGGAUAAAAUGGAUUUAUUGGACUACUGCAAAAAGGCCUAUCCGAAUCGUGACAUUACCAAUAUUGUUGAAUCUUCGCAUUAUCAGAAAAUUGGUGGCUGGUGUCGUCAAGGUGCUCUCAAUUCGGCUAAAUGUAAAGGGGCACAUCGUUGGAUCAAACCAUUCCGUUGCUUGGAAGGACCAUUCCAAUCGGAUGCUCUACUCGUUCCAGAAGGAUGUCUCUUCGAUCACAUUCACAAUGCCUCUCGCUGCUGGCCCUUCGUAAGGUGGAAUCAAACCGGCGCCGCUGCUUGUCAAGAGCGCGGCAUGCAGAUGCGUAGCUUCGCCAUGUUGUUGCCUUGUGGAAUUUCAUUGUUCUCGGGCGUGGAAUUCGUUUGCUGUCCGAAACAUUUCAAAACCGAUGAGAUUCGCGUAAAGAAGACCGACUUGCCCGUUAUCGCUCCAGCCGAGAUAACCAACAGUAAUGUGGAUGUGACCAACGAUGAUGACAACGACUCGAACUACUCCAAGGAUGUGGGCACUGAUGACGACCUCGACGAUGACGACGACCUCUUGGGCGAUGAUGAGGAGGACGAAAUGGUCGCCGAUGAAGCAGCUGCCGGCGAGGCGAAUAGCUCCAACGCUGAUUAUUUAAAUGGCGAAUACGACUCCAGCGAGGAUUUGGACAACUACGAAGAGGAUGGUGGCGGCGCUGCUGAGGAGCAGUCGGACAGUUGGGAUUUGCAGAAUGGUAGCUCAAGCGGCGCGAAACCCACAGCGGUGAAGUCCAACACAGAUGAGAUGGGCGGUGGUGCCAAGGGCAAACAGGGUGUAGAAUCAGUGGUUAAGGGUGCUGCUGGCAUGAUGGCCGAUGCACCAGCAAUCUCUUCCACGGCACAACAACAUCAGCAGGAACAACAGCAAUUCCCCGCGGUGCCAUCGACCAGCCAACCCACCGUCGAUCCAUACUUCACCCACUUCGAUCCGCACUACGAGCAUCAGAGCUACAAAGUAAGUCAAAAAGAAGCCCAACAGCGCCUCGAGGAAUCGCAUCGCGAGAAGGUCACACGUGUCAUGAAGGACUGGUCCGAUUUGGAGGAGAAGUAUCAGGAUAUGCGCAUGGCCGAUCCCAAGCAGGCACAGACAUUCAAGCAACGGAUGACCGCACGCUUCCAGACUUCUGUUCAGGCACUCGAGGAGGAAGGCAACGCCGAGAAGCAUCAGCUCGCGGCCAUGCACCAGCAACGCGUAUUGGCACACAUCAACCAGCGCAAGCGGGAGGCUAUGACUUGCUACACUCAAGCUCUCACCGAGCAGCCACCAAAUGCUCACCAUGUAGAGAAGUGUCUGCAGAAGCUCUUGCGCGCCUUACACAAGGAUCGUGCCCACGCCCUAGCACACUACCGCCACCUCUUGAACUCUGGCGGCCCAGGUGGCUUGGAGGCGGCCGCUUCGGAGCGUCCACGCACUCUGGAACGACUUAUCGAUAUUGAUCGCGCUGUCAACCAGUCCAUGACCAUGUUGAAACGUUACCCCGAGUUGUCCGCUAAAAUCUCUCAACUGAUGAACGACUACAUUUUGGCAUUACGUAGCAAGGACGACAUACCCGGCUCAUCGUUGGGAAUGAGCGAAGAUGCAGAGGCUGCCAUUUUGGAUAAAUAUCGUGUUGAAAUCGAACGCAAGGUUGCUGAGAAGGAACGUCUACGCUUGGCCGAGAAGCAACGUAAGGAGCAGCGAGCCGCUGAGCGUGAGAAAUUGCGUGAGGAGAAAUUACGCAUGGAAGCCAAGAAAGUGGAUGAGCUGUUGAAGUCGCAAGCCGAGCAAGACAGUGGUGCCGGUGGUGCAGGCUCCUCUGCAGCAGCAUCGUCCUCAGCCGCCGCCUCCGCUGCUGUAAUGGGUGAGUCUAAGGUGAGCAGCAAAGAGUUGGGUUCACUUGCAGACUCCACUAAGUUGGCGCAAAACGAGAAAGACAGCGCCGGCGGUGAAGAGUACUCCGAUGUCACUGUUAGCACUAAAACCCAAACCGUCCUGCCCACAGUUGACGAUGAUGCCGUACAGCGCGCUGUUGAGGAUGUCGCCGCAGCUGUCGCUCACCAGGAAGCCGAGCCACAGGUGCAACACUUUAUGUCGCACGAUUUGGCACAUCGCGAAUCCAGCUUCUCGCUGCGCCGCGAAUUCGCUCACACGCAUGCGAACAAGGAGGGACGCAAUGUCUACUUCACUUUGUCCUUCGCUGGCGUCGCUUUGUUAGCGGCCAUCUUUGUUGGUGUCGCUGUAGCCAAGUGGAGAACAUCUCGUUCGCCACAUGCGCAGGGCUUCAUUGAGGUCGAUCAGAACGCCACCACACACAAUCCCGUUGUACCGGAAGAAAAAAUCGUGGCGAAUAUGCAAAUUAACGGUUAUGAAAAUCCAACAUACAAAUACUUCGAGGUGAAGGAGUAAAAGAAGCAAAAUCCAGAAAAUAAAAAUUAAAACAAAAUAAAUUUAAUAAAAUUUAAAUAAAUUUGCAAAUAUUGUAAACGCACUCAACAAACUCAGAAAACCACUAGAGGAAGAGUAAGCCCCGCCCUCCCCCUAAGCCAUACAAAAAUACAAAAACAAAAACAAAAACAAAAACAAAAGAUUUCCCACUAUAAAAACGCCUGCUUUAUCAUACCCACUUAUACAUACA